AUGGAGUUCUUAGAUGUUUCACCAGUGACUGCAAGUGAUAUUAAGAAAUGGACAGACCGCGAUCCAGUCCUAUCACGUGUUCGAAGAUUUAUUCAUCAUAGUUGGCCAGCGAGUAUAAGGGCGGAUGAAUCAGAAUUAAAGCCAUAUUUUGUCUGCAAAACAGAAUUGAGUGUGCAAGACGACGUCAUUCCUUGGGGAAGUAGAGUGAUUGUGCCAGCACAGGGCCAAUUACGCAUUCUGAGAUUACUACACGAGUCUCAUCCUGGAAUUGUCCGAAUGAAGGCCUUUUCACGAAAUUAUGUUUGGUGGCCAUAUCUGGACAAGGAUAUUGAAACUACUGUGCAGAGUUGUAAUGCAUGCCAGAUCAAUACUAAACUACCACCCACAACGCCCAUGCAUCCAUGGGAAUAUCCUAAAGGACCUUGGGAUCGUGUUCACAUUGACUUCGCAGGACCUUUCCUGAACCGAAUGUUUCUCAUUGUGACUGACGCUUAUUCCAAGUGGAUGGAGGUAAUUCCAAUGGUUAGUACAACAUCAGAAGCUACAAUAAAUAAACUGAGAGGACUAUUCUCAUCACAGGGAUUACCAACUACACUGGUAUCAGACAACGGUUCCCAAUUCACAAGCAGUGAAUUUCAAACAUUUAUGAAUGCAAAUGGUAUUAUCCAUUUAACGUCUCCACCAUAUAGGAAUGAAAAAGCCUUGUAG